UUAAACAGCAAGUAAACAAGUAAGCCUGCCUCUCAGCUCAGUCGAAAAAAAACGUUGAAUGAUUCAGAUGCGCGCCGGAUGGUACCGCAGGCCAAUGAAUUAACUCGCCCACGUCAAAAGCGCUCGAUUUAAAAGUUCCUAUAAUAUUUAAGCCUAAGGUUAAACAUAACACAGUACAAAACUAUCGCCGCUAAAUUAAAGUAAUAACAAAAACUUCAUACCAAAAUCGACCACCUUUUAAAUGCCUUCUGUGAAAGAUUCAAUGUUUCAGUCAGUUGAUAACGGAAUGGAUGGCUCCUAAGAACGUCAGAAAACUGGCAGUCUUUUAAGGGGAUUAUGCCAUUAAUUCAAUAAAUUGCUACAAUAAUGGUAAUGACGACGGCUCUCAAAUGUCCAGUUCUGAUGUGGAAACUUUUAACGGCAAAAUAGUUUACAAUCUUGAUGGCAGCGCAUACAUUAUCGCCGCAGACAAUGCCAAUGGAUGUGGAUCGGGGUCUGCCCAAUGUUAUGCCCCAACUUGUGCUUCAAUAGGUAAACUCUCUAAGGUCAAAGACCGUGGACAGGGGGAGAAAGAAAAAGAACAGCACCAUCAACAUCAUCAAGAGCAAAGCGAGAAGGAAGGACGAGAAGAUUCCGUGGGUGCUGGUCCUGGUCUGGAAGCUUUAUCAGGAGCAAUCUACAAAUCGAGUCCAAAAGUUCACUCUUUUCGUGUGGUGUCCGCGCAAGAUGCAAACUCAACUUGCCAAGACCAAAUCAAAGCAUUUAAAAUCCAAAAACCAAUUUUAAUGUGUUUUAUCUGCAAGUUGUCCUUUGGGAACGUUAAGUCUUUUAGCUUGCAUGCGAACAUUGAACACCGACUCAACUUGGAAGAGUUGGACCAGCAGUUACUUAAUCGCGAGUACUCCAGUGCCAUUAUUCAGCGAAAUAUGGAUGAAAAGCCGCAGAUAUCUUUUCUGCAGCCUUUGGAUCAUAAUGUCACCUGUGCUGCUAAUGACAACACUGAACAACUUCAAAUAACACCUGAGGUCAGUGGUGUUGCGAAGUCUUCGUCUCCGCAACCAGGUCUCGGAAAUGAGGAUGAUCUGGAGCUCGAAAAAAAACAGGAGACUGAGCCAGUCCGAACCCUGGAGCAGGACCUAGAGCAUGAGCCUGAAACUAAUCAGGACACUAGUAGAAGUAAAAUGGCGGCACCUAGUGCAUAUCUUCCGUCAUCAUCACCUAAAGUAGCAGUAAAAUCAACUGUGAAAUUUUGUUCCUUAAACUCAGAAACAGCAAAGACUAAUAAUCUAUCAAAAGUAUCCUCAACCAGUUCACCUACAUCGACAUAUACAUCCGGAGAGGUCUCAUUACCCAGUACUGAUAAUAUAAGUAUCAAUAAGUUAACCAAUUUUAACCAAGGAAUAGAGCCGCCAUCGUCAUCGUCAUCAGAGAUCGAAAUGAAAACCGGUUCUAUGUCAACGUCACCUCAAACAAAUGAUUCUGAUUUCGUGCAACUGCAGCAUGUGGCGACGGGUGGCAUACACCCUUCUCAGGUGACUUCCUUCCAUGCAUCUUUAGCAGCGCUGGCCGCCAAUGAUUCAAAUGACAACCGGGUUAAGUUGAUCACCGAGUUCAUACAACAGCAACUUCAGCAACAUCAGCAAAACAGUUCCAUAAUUCCCAGCCAGUGCCCCGAUCAUCCCGACCCCAAUGGUGACUGCAAAACCUGCGAGCUCCUUGAUAUUCACAAACGAUUAAAGUCGCCGCCCUCUUCGCAUUGUCAUCUCUCUCAAUCUUUACCUCAGCUUCAAGUUCAAUCACAGCCCCAGCAGAUUCCACAUCGAUCUCCAUGCAACAACAGUGUUGGCCUGGCCAUAUCACCCAGUGCCUCCUCGGUAACAAGUGUUGGGAAUGCAUCUAGCGCCACAUCUAGCUUUACAAUUGGCGCCUGUUCCGAACACAUCAAUGGUCGUCCCCAAGGAGUGGACUGUGCGCGCUGCGAAAUGCUUUUAAGCUCUGCUCGUUUAAACAGCGGCGUGCAAAUGUCUACUCGAAACUCCUGCAAAACUCUUAAGUGUCCGCAAUGUAAUUGGCACUAUAAAUACCAGGAGACACUAGAGAUCCACAUGCGGGAGAAGCAUCCUGAUGGGGAGAGUGCCUGUGGUUAUUGCCUUGCAGGACAGCAGCAUCCUCGGCUGGCACGGGGAGAAUCCUACUCAUGCGGUUAUAAGCCGUAUCGCUGUGAAAUCUGUAAUUACUCCACAACCACCAAAGGCAAUCUCUCCAUUCAUAUGCAAUCGGACAAACACCUGAAUAAUAUGCAGGAGCUAAACAGUUCACAAAAUAUGGUAGCGGCUGCGGCUGCUGCAGCAGCGACUAGCAAGCUGCUAAUUUCCAGCUCGUCGUCCCAAACCGGUGCUGGUUCCAACACCACCGGAUCCGGUGCUACUGGCGGCGCUGGUUGUGGCAGUGUCCAAAACAUUGGCAGCAACUCGACCCAGGGUGGUAAUGUAGCGACUGCUGCCACGGGAGCAUGUAACUCCAAUGCCAAUGCUGGAAGCAGUGCCAACAGUGGCAGCGCCAAGCAAAAACCCUUAUUUCGAUGCGACAUCUGCAGUUAUGAGACUUCCGUGGCCCGCAACUUGCGGAUCCACAUGACCAGUGAGAAGCAUACCCACAACAUUGCAGUCCUGCAGAACAACAUUAAGCAUAUUCAGGCAUUCAACUUCUUGCAACAACAACAACAAGGAGUCACUGGCAAUGUGUCCAGUCAUUGCUCCGGUAGUUUUAUACCCGAGGUUGCGUUAGCUGAUCUAGCGUACAACCAGGCGCUUAUGAUCCAGCUACUUCACCAACAGCAACAACAUCAGCAGUCAGCUAAUACCAAAUUAUCACCUUUAAACUCACCUGUUGGCACUCCUGAUCAGUUUUCUUUCUCACCUAAGCCGGUAAAAAUUAGUCAUGGAUCAGCAGUUGGCAUGGGCUUAGGAAUGUCAAUCGGAAUGACCAAUUCGAACGAAGUACCUGGCGAGUUGUCUGGCGAUCCUCAUCCACUGACAAAACCAGAUAAGUGGCCCAAGGCUUUCUAUAGUUGCCUUAUCUGCGACAGUUUCAGUACAAACAACUUGGAUGAUCUCAACCAACAUUUGGUAAUAGAUCGAUCCCGGCAAUCGUCCAGCGCAUCCUCCGAAAUAAUGGUAAUUCACAAUAACAAUUAUAUAUGUCGGCUUUGCAAUUACAAGACCAAUCUUAAAGCCAAUUUUCAACUGCAUAGCAAGACAGACAAACACUUGCAGAAACUCAACUUUAUUAACCACAUCAGAGAGGGCGGACCCCGAAAUGAGUAUAAGAUGCAAUAUCAACAACAACUGGCAGCUAAUAUUGUGCAAUUGAAGUGCAACUGCUGCGACUUCCACACAAACUCUAUUCAAAAGCUGUCCCUGCACACACAGCAGAUGCGACACGACACGAUGCGAAUGAUAUUUCAGCAUCUUCAGUAUAUUAUUCAGCAAAGUCAAAUGCACAAGAAGUCCCCAUGCACUGUAGAAGUUGAUCCUCAAUGCUCUUUUCCGGGUGAAGACCAGCAAGUGCAGUCAAACUCACCCACGAAAAUGCUCCUUUGCCAGAUAUGCAAUUUUACCGCCAGUAACCUACAUGAAAUGAUUCAGCAUGUGAAGAGUAUUAGGCACAUGCAAGUUGAGCAAUUUAUCUGCUUACAGCGUCGCAGUGAAAACCAAGAAAUACCAGCACUAAAAGAGGUGUUUAAAGUGACAGAAUGGAUAGCAAACACCGAAGAUAUUACAGUUGAGGCUGGGUUUAAUUUGACAAGGACCUUAUCGAAGGAUGCUUUCUCUGAUACAAGCAAUUCUGUGCCAUCAUCUGCGACUGUAGUCCCUGCCAUUUUGAACGCCAGUAUAAUUUCACCAACUUCUUCCUUAAACUUUGCGACACCGGGCGAAAAGACUGAGGAAUCUACACUUUCGACGACUGUAUUCAAAUGCAAACUCUGCGAGUACUUCGUUCAAUCGAAAAGCGACAUUGCAUCCCAUAUUGAGACAGAGCACCCAAAUGCUGACAGUGAUGAUUUUAUAAGUAUACCUACCAAUACGGCCGCUCUGCAGGCAUUCCAAACAGCUGUGGCAGCCGCUGCUCUGGCAGCGGUGCAGCAACGAUGUGGCACUAUCAAUGCACCAACACAGGAUACCGUUGAUGCAGGUAAUGACACAAAUAUCAGAGAUGGCCCUUUGGCCAUUAAGAAAGAACGUCUUGAUGAAGACGAUUCCAUGGCAGUGACGGAGGAUAUCAAAGAGGUAACUUCUCAGAUUCUGGCUUCUGUAGCUCCGGAGUCGCCGAAGGAUCAAGAAUCUCCAGUGGGGGUGCAGUGUCCGCUUUGCCUAGAGAACCAUUUCCGGGAGAAGCAAUACCUGGAGAACCAUUUAGCAAGUGUUCACAGCGUUACCAGAGAUGGUCUUUCACGACUCUUACUUCUGGUCGAUCAGAAAGCAUGGAAAAAAGAAAGCGAGACCACAAAUAUACCUGACAUAAAACCUCAAACUCUUUAUCCGACUACUAGUACUGAUGAGGGGAAACCAUUAUCUAACGAAGGCUCAUCCAGUGCCAACACAAUAAAAGUAUCCACUGCAAGUAGCACAAGCCUUCCAGUGGGAAUGCAAGGUCUAGGACUCUCUUGCCAACAGUGUGAGGCUAGUUUCAAGCAUGAGGAACAAUUGCUCCAGCAUGCGCAACAGAACAAACAUUUCUCGUUGCAAAAUGGAGAGUAUUUAUGUCUUGCGACCAGUCACAUUAGCCGUCCCUGCUACAUGACUUUCAAAACCAUUUCAGCUAUGAUAACCCACUUCCAAGAGUCACACAUGAGCUUGGUUAUCUCAGAGCGCCAUGUAUAUAAGUAUCGGUGUAAACAGUGCUCUUUGGCGUUUAAAACCCAAGACAAGCUCACAACGCACAUGCUCUACCACACAAUGCGGGACGCUACAAAGUGCGCUCUUUGCCAACGCAACUUCCGCAGUACUCAGGCGCUGCAGAAGCACAUGGAAUUAGCGCACUCUGAAGAUGGAGUCCCAUUAGACAGGCAAAACAGUCCGCAGCUUCCGACAUUAAUAGCCGAGGACACUCACAAUCUUUCUCUAGCAGAAACUAAUGAAAAAGAGGUCACAGGCAAUGAUUUUGAGUCAGAACUAAGCAAGGAAACUAGACACUUGUCUUCUAGCCCAAUGUCUCUGGAUUCACAAUCCCAACAGCAAUACCUCGCAACUUUCGCAGCUUUGCUCAAGCAGCAACAGCAAUGCAAUUCAGAUGCUGUAGGGAAGCACCCAGAAGACUUUUCGCUCUCCGCUGGAGAAUUUUCUCAACACUUGCAGGGCCUUCAAAAUCUGCAACAUUUUCAGCAUAUGCAACAGCAAUUCGGUGCCGUAGCUGCCGCAUCAGGAUUACCAAUAAACCCAGUAGACAUGCUUAAUCUAAUGCAGUUUCACCACUUGAUGUCCCUUAACUUUAUGAACCUAGCACCCCCGCUGGUGUUUGGUGCCAAUGCCGCCGGUAGCAGUGCAAUCCCAGCGUCAUCAAUGCAAAACAACAUCAUUACCUCCUCCUCCACAGUCGCAUCUGCUCCUGGAUUAUCUGAUGUUCAGAUAGGCAGCGGUAUCAACGCCCUUCCGGGAGACUCUGCUAAAGCUACUAUAGUUUCAGCUCAAUCUCAGCACAAUGCAAAUUCCAACUCUCAGCUGGCCAGCAACCAAAAACGUGCCCGUACGCGUAUUACAGAUGACCAGCUAAAAAUUUUACGCGCACAUUUUGACAUAAAUAACUCCCCAAGCGAAGAGAGCAUUAUGGAAAUGUCCCAAAAAUCCAAUUUACCCAUGAAGGUUGUAAAGCACUGGUUCCGAAAUACUUUAUUUAAGGAAAGACAACGCAAUAAGGAUUCUCCGUAUAAUUUUAAUAAUCCACCUUCGACAACUCUGAAUUUGGAGGAGUAUGAACGUACUGGUCAGGCUAAAGUUACACCUUUGAAUGAUACUAGUAGCGCCGCAAUAGCAAACUCAAUAAGCACAUCGACAAUGUCAUCGGCACCAUCUGCUAAUUUAAACCUGACCUCUAAAGAGAGCAUAACUUCAAAAAUACCCGCGUCUGGAAAAGCAAUCGCCACAGCGCCAGUGUCAUAUCCUGCUACAGUUCCAAGCUCAACGCCUGUAUCUCGCCCUGAAUCGACAAACUCCAGCGGCAAUACAUCUGAUUAUUUAAGCAAUAAUUUAUUUUUUGGACAAACAGGUGGAAAAGAGCAAGGCUUGCCGUACGCUGUAGAAGGGCAAAUAAAAUCAGAGCCUCAGGAUGAUAUGACUGGGGCAACCGAUUUUGUAUUCCAAGCAAAGCAGCUCUCAAACUUUAACUUUUUAAAACAUCAACAGGAACUUAUGGAUCAUCAGGAACAGUCCAUAACAAAUCAAGAAUCCGAGAUGUCGCAAGACCAAUCCCUACUAGCAAGUUCUUCACUUUCAGUGCACUGUCAAAAUCAACAGCAAAAUAACGUUUUUGAAACUAAAUCGGAAAGCGGUAGCUCUGAUGUAAUGUCACGUCCUCCUACUCCAAAUAGUGGAACUGCAGGAAAUAUUUACGGCACUAUGAAUGACUUAAUAAACCAACAACUAGAAAACAUAGGUAAUAACAUGGGGCCACCAAAAAAACUACAAAUCGUUGCAAAACCAUUUGACAAGAACUCAACUCCAACCUCUAGCUCGAUUGGUUCAAACACUCAAUUCGAAUGUAACUCUUCCAACUCAUCGAGUUCCUCGUCCACGUCGGGUGGCAAGAGAGCCAACCGGACACGUUUCACAGACUACCAAAUAAAGGUAUUACAAGAGUUUUUCGAGAACAAUUCAUAUCCCAAAGACAGUGAUCUCGAGUAUUUAAGCAAGCUACUGCUGUUGUCUCCUCGUGUUAUAGUAGUAUGGUUUCAAAACGCCAGACAAAAGCAACGCAAGAUUUAUGAAAACCAACCAAACAAUUCGCUAUUCGAAAAUGAAGAGACCAAAAAACAGAACAUUAACUAUGCGUGCAAAAAGUGUAGUUUGGUAUUCCAACGGUACUAUGAGCUUAUACGUCAUCAAAAGAAUCACUGCUUUAAGGAAGAGAAUAAUAAAAAAUCGGCCAAGGCACAAAUCGCUGCUGCACAAAUCGCACAUAAUUUAAGCUCCGAGGACUCAAAUUCAUCAAUGGAUAUACACAAUGUUAGCAGUGGAAUGCCAGGCAUAACAGUAGUUUCACAAAGUGUUUCAACGACUGGUUCAGCAGCAGGACAGUACGCACAGCAAACAUUUGGCGCGUCGCCCUCGCCACAGCAUUCAUUUGCAAAGUCUUCUUCACUCACUGACUUCAGCCCUUCUACGACUCCCACGCCUCCUCAACGAGAACGAAGCAACAGCUUAGACCACCCACAACGACCCUCCAAGCUUGAUUGUGAUAAGUGCGAAUUGCAGUUUAGCCAGUUGGAAAAAUUGCGAGAGCAUCAGCUAGUUCACCUGAUGAGUCCAGCUAAUAUUUUUUCAGAUGCGAGUCUCAACCCUAAUCCUGAUGACAGUUUUGGUCCUUUCGGUAGCAUUUUGCAAAGUCUACAACAAGCAGCUGCCCAACAUCAACAACCGCCAAAAAAAAAAAGAAAAUACUCUGAUACCUCUUCUAAUGCCGACGAUUCUUCAACUCUAUUGGAACCUGAGGCUUCACAUAAAAAGCAAGAAUUCCUGUACAAAUAUUUUAUGCUGAAUGAAACGAACCCAGAAAUAAAGAAGCAGUUCAUUAUGCAAAAACAACACAAGAAAGCAAUGCAGAUUCAACAACAAGAUGAAGGAAAUGAAUCCGACAUUGGACUUGAAUUUUUAACUAAUUUUUACCAACAAAAUGAACUAAAAAAGGUCAGUAACUACGACUUUUUACUGCAGUAUUAUCGCACACAGGAAGAGGCAGUCCUAAACAAGAAACCCAAGCAACAGCAUCUUUUUAGCUCCAGUAAAAAGCCAACGAUUGAGUUUUUACUGCAGUACUAUCAACUGAACGAGUCAAAAAAGUUUUUUCAGUUAGUUGCCUCGCCCCAAAUAAUACCUGAUGGCUCAGACUACAAGCCCUUGUCGCAGACGCCAAUAUCUACUAUGAAUGAACAUGAACUAAAUAAUGUUAUCGGUGAACCAUCUUUGGAGCAGGCAACAGAAUUUAAAAAAGACGAACAUGAAUAUCAGUUCUGCAAAGACAUAUUAUGCGAAGGAAAUCUAUUGUAUGAGAACAAGAAUGAAAUACAAAAGCUUAAUAACAACAACAUCAACAACAGUAACUUGGUUCAAACGACAGAGGUGAAUGGUAAUCAAUUGAUUGAAAUGACAGAAACGUUGUCAGUAGAUCCGACAUUAAUAGCGAUUAAAGACAAAAACACACAUUUAAGAAGGAGUUCCUUAGAAACAGAUGACACGGGCCCAAAAUCCCAAUAUUUACACAAUCUUGAAGAUUUCCUGGAUGCAACAAUGAUAGAGAACAAUUCUCAAACCCUGACAUUUAACGAUGACGAGAAAGCUGUUCAAACAGAUAAUUCGACCCACAAACCAAAUGAUAUUGAGAAACGGUCUUCGGUGUCUCCUGUCAAUGUUUCGUCAAAACAAAACAAACGCCUACGUACAACCAUACUUCCUGAACAACUAAACUUUUUGUAUGAAUGCUACCAGUCCGAAUCAAAUCCAAGCCGAAAAAUGCUCGAGGAAAUUUCUAAGAAAGUUAAUUUAAAAAAACGCGUUGUGCAAGUCUGGUUUCAAAAUUCUAGGGCAAAAGACAAAAAAUCCCGCAAUCAGCGACAUUAUGCGCACAUAUCAGAUGAUAACAGCUAUGAUGGAUCCAGUGGCAAAGAGGUGGUCAACGACCAAAAAGGUAACGAUGAACCCGUGGAACCGGAUCUAGAAAUAAGUCUUCAGGACUGCCAGCUGUGCCAAGUCACCCAAGUAAACAUCCAAAAGCAUGCUUUUAGCGUUGAGCAUAUCUGCAAAAUGAAAAAGCUACUCGAACAAACCACCGAGCUUUAUGCCCAGAGCAAUGGCAGUGGCAGCGAUGAUAACGAUUCCGACCGGGAAAAAAGAUUUUACAACUUAUCAAAAGCCUUUCUGUUCCAACAUGUUGUUUCAAAUGCUACAAGGAACGCUAAUCUUACUCCAGGUUCUGGAAAAGAUUUAAAUGCUUCUCCUGAGGAGAACUCGUUGCUUAACUAUGAUACUACGAGUGGCGAUUCGAAGAGUCAUAUCCAACAUAACUCGCCUACUGAGGUUGUCUCCGAGGGUGUGCGAAAAGUCUCUAGUAAUCAGGAACUUAUUCAGCAGCUAUUUAACCGAAACCAUAUCACCGUUAUAGGUGGAAAAUAAUUUGGAGUGUUUGUAUGGCCUUAUAACAGCGGAUAGUGGUUAAAGUGUGGACUUCGAAUUAAAUAAUGCUUAAAAAUGGGAUGCGAAGAUACGUAAAUGAGAAAUAUACUACCAUAUACAAACCAUACUACGAAAACUAAAAAGUUCCUAUUUUACUGAAAUUUAUAAAAACAUUGACAUUUCAUGAACCAAAUGAUAUAAAGAUAUAUGUAUUGAAAUUCUUACGAAAACUAAUACUGAAUAUUAGUAAGAAUUUCUUAAUUAUACGGAAGUGUUCCUAACUAUUCAAAAUAUAACUUAAGCGAUAAUCGUAAAUUAUACACAGUUGAGGCAAUCUAAAACAAUUCCAAAUUGGGGCUUAACCUUGAUAAAAGUGGAAAAACAAGGCUCCUCCAAACAACAAUAUGUAAUAACGUAAUUAGGAGUAAUGCAACAUAAACUGAGUUCCUAGCAUUUGAUUGCUUUAUGCCUUUGUUUCCUAUAUUAGAACGUAAUUACUUAAUAAUAAGAAUUGCUUCGGCAUGCCGAUCUUUUAAAAUAUUUUGAAAACUAGAAAAACGUGAUUCCUAUACAUUUUUUCAAAACUGUACAAGUUUUUUAUCAUGAUUCUUUUCUGCUGAGAAUAAAUGUGCCAAUUAUUUAAUUUGCAAUGCAUUCGUAUAAUAUAGAAAUUUGUAUUUAGAACACCAUCCUUUUUAAAAAAAGGAAGAUAAAGUAAACGGUUCAAAUAGCCUCUAACAUAGUUAAAAAUUUGUUACCACGACUUAAAUUAUCCGUUUGCAUUAUUCAUUUUCAUAACAAAAUUAUUUUGUUUUUCAAUUAGAUAUAAAAUUAUUUAUAAUUUAUGUUUUGGACAAAAAACAAUAAAUGUAAGCUUCUAAGGGAGAGACCGAAGUUACUAUUUCAAUAUUGCAUUAGUUUAUGUAUGAAAGCUUCCAAACAAAACUUAGAAAUUAAAGUAAUAUCUCAGCUUAUUA